AUGGCAUUGAGACCCAAGCGUAAAGUGGGUGUCGAGCCUAGAAGUUUUGUGCAGCGGGCUGUUGAUAAUAUUAAAAUGGUUUUAGUGGACUCGAAACGGAAGAGAAGCCAAGCUUUUACGUUUGGAUGCGUAGCGGCUGUCUUGACGAUCCUAUAUGUAUUACAAGCUUUCGUCUUCCAAAAAAGCCACUACGCUCAUUUUCUUCCCCAGACACAUGGUCAUUACCUCACAGAGAUCACCACCUCGCGGCCUUUGAUUUUCCCUGCUAUCGAAAAUGCGCCUAUCCUAAAAGAUUUGAACCUGCGUGGGCUGCACACUUUGCGGAUCGAUAUCGAUGGGAACAAAAAAUACAUCUUGAAGGAGGACCACCAGCCAACCUCUGACAAGGAGAUGAAGGAAAUAACUGACAAUGUUGAAGUUGUGAAACGGCAAUACUUGGAUCACGGAAAAAUGGUGUUUCGCAAGGGCUCUGAGUCGCCUGAGAUUGUCGUUGUUACCAUGAUAGACUACGAUAAUUACGACACCACAACGCUGAUUAGUGUCGUCCAAAAUAGAGUUGACUAUGCCCAAAGGCAUCGCUACGGACUUUAUGUGCGUUGGGCCCAAGAAUUCAUUCCAACCAUCGAAGAGCAGGACUUGGCCAAAUCCUACGAUUAUAUCAAGCCUUUGGUAAUACGUGCAGCGAUGCAUGCAUUCCCUAAAGCCAAGUACUUUUGGUUUCUAGACCAAAACGCCCUGAUCAUGCGUACCGAUUUGUCAUUGCAAAACCAUCUGCUUGACCGGAAAAUCUUGGAUUUGGCUGUGAUGAAAAACGUCCCCGUUAUAAAGGACUCCAAUAUUAAGACCUACAAUCAUUUCGUCACCGAGAAAGCGGAAAUUGUCCUGCCCAGAACAAAUGAUGGUGAGAUCGAUGCGUCCUCUUUUAUCGUCAAAUCAGGCAUGUAUGGCAAAGCUUUUCUGGACUAUUUGGGCGACCAAUUGAUACGAGGAUAUAACUGGCCAUCUUUGUCUGCCAGCAUGGCCCAUGCCUUGCAAUGGCAUCCUAGCUUCCUGGCCAAGACGGCUCUAGUGGUACCCAGAACUGUCGCGAGUGUCUUCGAUCCUUCCAAACCUGUGACGGAAAAUGCCGCUGUCGAUGACUUCCAUUACAUCGAAGGAGAUUUCGUAGCCUCUUUCGAUGGCUGCAAGGCGAGAAAGUCGUGUGCUGAGGAUGUUGCCACGUUUUAUCAACAAGUUCAAAAAUGA